AUGAGUGCCGAAAAAUUUAGGGUUCUUAUGAAAAAUGUCAGCGUAAAUGCUAAAGUCAGUGAAAUUAAAAAGUUUUUCAAACCUAUUCGUAUAAAAGACGCUAAGAUACUUAAGAGGGGUGUUGCGGUGGCUUACUUCAAAUCUAAAGAAGAUCUUGAUAAUGCGUUGCAGAAAGAAGGAGAAAUACACGGUUCUCUCAUCACUAUUUUACCAUACGAAGGUGAUUUGUUUACGCAAACGCCAAAGAAUACUAAAUCUAAACCUGUUUUUGAAACCAUUCCAAAAGAUGAAAUAAUCACAGAUAUCAAGGAUUCUGGUCGUUUGUAUGUACGUAACUUAAGUUAUGAAGCAAAGGAAGAAGAAUUGCGCGAAUUAUUUGAAAAGUUUGGCAAUUUAAGCGAGUGUCACCUUUGCUUUGAUAAAAAGUUGCAAAGAAGCAAGGGUUUUGCUUUCGUGACUUAUCUCUUUCCUAGCGAUGCCAUUACAGCUUUUAACAAGUUGGAUAAAACUAAAUUUAAGAACCGUUUGUUACAUAUCCUGCCCGCAAAACAAUCAGAUGCGAAGGAUGAUCAUAAAAACGAUGGUGAAAAUAGAGAAUUCGACAAUGAGAAUGAUCGAUUGAUAUGGACAGAAUUUCAGCUGCAACGCAAAGCGGAAUUAAAAUCCUUGGCUUCGGUUGGUCACAACUGGAAUGCUCUGUUUAUGACUUCUGAUGCUGUUGCUACCUACUUGUCGGCAAAGUACAAUGUUUCAAAGGAAGAACUUCUCAACCCUUCUGGAAAGGGCUCCGUUGCGGUACGUUUAGCUCACGGUGAAGCCCAACUGGUGCAAGAAAUUCGCGAAUAUCUUGAGCGUCAAGGUGUUCGCAUUGAUCUUCUAACCUCCUCCUCAUCCUCACUUAUUGGUGGCAGACGAGAUAAGGGCGAGGCCAAGUCCUCUGCCACCAAUCGUGUUCUCUCUGGUCGCGUCUUCCUACUCAAAAAUUUGCCAGUGGGCAGUACGCAGGUAGAUGUGGAGGAGAUUGUAAAGAAGAAAUCACGAAAGGGAGCACACUCUCUUGAUCCACCGAAGAGAAUUAUUGUCCCACCUUUGGGAAUCACAGCCAUUUUGGAAUAUGCCCUACCUCAGAUUGCCCGCUUAGCCUACCACGCUCUGGCGUAUGAACCAUAUAACGACAAUAUUCUCUACGUCGAGUGGUUGCCGGAGGAUAUAUUGAAAUCAGUAGAAGGUCAUUCGGAGGGGUCAAAGGAGAUCGAACAGUCCAAGUCCUCCAAGAAAGCUAAACAGGACGAGGGGGAGGAAGAAGAAUUUGCAAUCGUCCAGAAACCUUCGGAAAUUGUUUCUUUAUCCGAAGAAUCCGAACAAUUCACAAAGAAACCGUCUAAUCAGGAGCAACAGAUCACCCGAAUUCUUCUUGUUAGGAAUGUUUCCUUCCAGGCCAAUCAGGACGAAUUGACGGAGUUUUUCAAGCCUAUUGGUGGUUUACUUAAGGUCAGAAUGCCGAAGAAGCCUUCAGGUGGUCAUCGUGGCUUUGCCUUUGUUGAAUUUGCAUCAGAAGAACAGGCAAAGAGUGCAAUGGCAACGUUUGGAACGGAUUCCCACUUCAUGGGUCGUAGAUUGAAUAUUGAAUAUGCAAAAUCACUGUAA